AUGGUGUCAUUUCCUGUCUUGUGUAAGUACCAAUACAGUAAGUUCUUUGCCUUCUGUGUUCAGGGAACCAUAGGAAAUCUUGGAGAUUUCGAAGAAAUUAUUGGAGAGGCAACCGGUGGUGGUAAUGUAAUAAUGGCCAUAAAGAUAGCAAAUGGCGAGGAUGUGGGUCAUUUUCUGAACUACUGCGAUUUUCUCGGGUUCCUUGGUCGAUAUUUCACGAAUUUCAGAAUAAAGUCAGCAUCUCUUUCAUGGACAUGCUUGAUUUCCGUGUUCUUACAUCUGAGUUCAUUGACUCACCACUUUUUGCUCAAGUUGAGAAUUCCACCAUUCUUCCAGCAUUGUAUUGUUGGUAUUGGUCCGCGAGAGUGUCUUGUCUACGGUGACGAGGGUGAAUGUCCGUUCAGCGGCAAAGAUCGUCCAAAAAAGCUGAGUGCUCUUCUGCGAAAAGUGGGAGUACUUGAAACAAGCGGAGCAAACGUUGCAAAUACAGCAGAUUGGGUAGAAGUACAGAAUAUAUUUCGCCCUGGAUCUGAAGUUGACUCGCUUUCCGACAGUUUGAAACGAUGUCUUUGCGGCCUGUACAACUAUCUCAAGAUGGACGAACAAGAAGCUUACAUGCAUAAGUUUAGCUUGUCCACUUAUCGUACCUCCGGAUUCAUGCAUAUUGACGCUGGCGCUGUACGGGCCCUUGAACUAUUUGCUCUCAAUUAUCAUCAAGGUAACCGUACCCAUUUCCUUCGUAGGAGCUUCAACGAACACUGCAACUGUGUUCACGAAAGUCACUCAACUUUGAACUUCUUUUAUUUUGUUGCAGAUGCUAAAGGCACUUCUGGCACUGUUUACGGUCUGCUCAACAAAUGUCGCUCAGCCCCUGGCCAGCGGCUGCUGAGUGGGUUCCCACGAUUUUCGAGCAAUUAG